AUAAGUUUUAAGUAGCCUAGUAGGUGUGGCUGGCUGAAGUGUUUAAUUUAGAGGAUUUCUAUGUGAGUUGGUAGUGUUGCUAUUAGCAGGUUCUGAAGUGUUUGAAAGACCAAGAUGCUACCACUUCAUCAACCUCUGUGGAGUUCAGUUUCUUCUUUGGACAGUGAAGACAUGACAGCAAUGGCAGAGCUUCCUUUCCUCAAAGCUGAUAUCAGAGAUGUAUUUGAAAUUCCUUUGAAAAAUUACUUCAAGUCCCAAAGAAAGAGGAGGAGGAUCUUGGAGAAACCCCAACUUAAGAGAAGAAAGCUUUUGUGUCAUAGGAUGAAGGUGGUAAAAAGGGAGUUGUGUAGGAGUAGGCAUCAAGAGAUGGUCCAGAAACAGGUUCAGGUGGAUGGAAGUCCAGAGGGAGCUCAGCAUCUCUGCUCACCAAUACAGUUUGGGCAAGGACAAGACCAUCUCUCAGCUGCACAGAUGCUGCCCCCUGUUCAACAGCCUCAAGAAGGUGACAAUGUCCACGUGCAGCUGCCGAGGCAGGCAGUGAGAAGAGGCAUGACCCUAAACGUGGGACCACAACAAGUGGUCCAGGAGUGGGAAGCCCCAGAGGUGACAGUGCAGGUGCGGCCUCAGAAGCAGAGCCAGGGAUGGGAGUCCCCAGAGGUGACUGUGCAGGUGCGGCCCCAGAAGCCAAGUCCACAAUGGGAAGCCCCAUUGGUGACUGUGCAGGUGCAGUUACAGAAGCAGGUCCAAGGGCCAGCUCUCCCACAAGUAGUUGUACAGGUACAACCACAGGAACAGAGACAAAUUACAGCUGGUAUCAAGAUCACUGUGCAGCUGCAUUUGGGCUGUGACACAGAAGAGGUAAGCUGCCUCCAGGACCAAGGUGAGGAAAUGUUAGGGAAUGGAGAGCAGCUGACCGCAAAACAAAGACAGGGAGAGCCAAUGGCAAGAUCUGAAGGUGAGAGAGAACUGGCUGUGGUGGAGCUGGUGCCACAGGGGACUCUAAGCCAAAAGCAUGAUCAAGAAGGGGAAAUGACAAAACCACAGCAGGACCAGAGCCAAGAAGAGGAAAGUUCAGAAAUGGUGGAGCUGCAGGAAGUGCAAGUUAAACACAAAGCAGAUUUGGAUGGCACGGUGACAGAGGGGCAGCUGCAGGACCAGAGCCAAGAGCAGGAACAGCUGAAAGCAGACCUGACCCCACAAAAGGAAGGUCAAAGAGCUACAGACAUGAGGCAGGAGCAAGGUGAUGUCCAAGAAGAGUCCAAAGGGAUGGGAAAGGACCAGAAGGAAGACCUGGGGCAAGAAGUUUCUAAGAAACGUCCUCGAGGGACUCCAAAUUAUUUUGUUGCUAUUCCAAUAACAGAUGAUCAGAUUUUGGACAGAAUUGAGGAUGUCCAAGAGCUCAUAUUCACUAAAGAACCUGACCUGUUGAGAGCUCUUCUUCCUGUUCAGACUAUGCACCUUACUAUAAUAGUAGCUCACCUGGGAACAGAAGAAGAAGUAAAAAAGGCUGUUCUAGCACUGAAGCAAAGCAAGACUAAAGUGGAGGCCAUCUUACAGGGCAAAGACCUUAAAAUGACAUUUCAUGGGAUUGGACAGUUUAACAAUCAAGUCAUAUAUGUGAAAAUGUUGGAGGAAAACCAGAAAAUCCUGAACAGAAUUGCAGAAGCUGUGGAAGAAUGCUUUAUUGAAAUGAAUCUUGACAUUUCAGGGAGCAAGGAUUUCAGACCACAUCUUACUUUCCUGAAGCUCUCUAAAGCACCAAGGCUGAAAAGAAAGGGCUUCAGAAAAAUUUGUUCAGAUCUGUAUAAAGAAUAUGAAGACAGUUACUUUGGCACAGAGGUUUUCAGUCAAAUUGAUCUCUGUGCCAUGCGUAAGAAGAAGCAGGAAUCUGGUUACUACUACUGUGAGUGUUCAAUCAAUGUGGGUUCCAGUGCUAGAGAAGAGAGUAAAGAGCAAGAGAUGCAAACACAAGAUGUAGGAGAAACCACCAGUGAAGAUCUUCCAAACAGUGCUGCAAAGACUGAAAUAGGAGCAACUGCUGUAAGCUGUAAGCUUGCCUCGUGUUUAGUAGUAGCUGAUGAUAAGCCAUCUGAAAAUAUUGCUGAGGCUUCAAUUACAGGUUAAGCAAAAGAAAUCAAUGAGGUGAAGGGACAGCCCAAAGCUACAGAUGGGACUUUUCUUACAGCUGGGGAGAUCUGCUCAAAGUCAGCACUUGGUCUGUUGCCAGCAAGGUCAGAUGCGCUGAAGAGUGUGGAAAAGGAACAAGAAAAAUGAAUGAUAAAAGAUAAAAGAUGGCAGCUUGCAGAAAAGUGAAGCAAUGGAAUAUGUACCUGAUCUGCCACCAAGUUCAGGAUAAAGCUGUUGCAGUCCUCAGUGAAGUGAACCUGCACUUGAUGAUGGAGAAGGUGAACAGUCACAGUGGUGUUGAGACCUACCAGACUGAGGUGGGGGGGGGUGGGGAUGGCAAAUGAAUUUUUGGCAGAAAAGGUCUUUUUAGGAGACUCACAAAACAAAGUAGAACAAAAUCCAUGGGGGAAAUAUCACUGAAUGUUGUGAUAAUGAAAGGCCUAGGUCUAAACAAGAACCUGCACUACAGGUCUCUGUGAGCAUCUGCACUAUGAAGACAAAUGAGAUUUGGUUUACGGGAUCAACAGUCAUGCAUGGAUACAAAAGUUGUUGCCAGACACUUCUGCCUUCAUCACAUUUAUUCUUGUCCUGCUUCCCAUCUUGCUCUGGGCCUUGCAGCCCCUGACUUUGCUCCCUCUUCUGCCUGUCUGCCUUCUCCUUUCAAAACUGCCUUACAGCCCUCUCCUCUUGCCUAAUCCCUGCAGCUGCUCUGACCUAAGAAUCCAAACCAUGAUUGUGACACAAUCAUUCAUUUCCUGUCUGCAAGUGACAGAUUACUUCAGCUGUUAACACUGUUCUGUGAAAGCUUUUGUUUGGCUAGUAGCUACUUCAUGGGAAAAUUAUUUUGUAUUAAGUAUUCUUUAGAUAAGGAAAAGGAGAGGGAAAGAAAUCCGUAAUGUUUUUUUUUCAUGUAAAAUGCGUUGAGGACGAACAUGAGGCACAACAGCGUUUUUCGAAACUGCGGUUAUGUCGUAGUCUCCCGUAUAGACAGGUGUUAGAAAAGAGCCGGAUCAAACAGAACCGGGGAAGCGAGAACCAGCAGGUGGCGCCGCCGGGAAAGCAGCGGCGGCCCCGGGGCGGGGAGGGGCGGCCGAGCGGGGCCGGUGGAAGAGGGCAAAGAGACCCUGGGAAAAGGGCCUCCUUCCCUUUUCUGCUCUGAUUGCUCCUCGAAAAACGGUGUUUUAGUCUCUUAAAAUCUGUCUUUCCUUGGAAAGCCUGUAUUUCAAAGAAAGAUGUGAUCAAAUACCGUUCUUUCCUCCCCAAAAAUUAGUAGUAUUAAAUAUAGGAUGUUUUACUUCCCUACAUAGGGCAUGGGAAUACACAUUUGGGCAGGAUGUUUAGGAUGUGCUCUGUUAAAUUAAAAGGCUGUUUUGAACCUGUUCCACUUGUUAUGUGACUUAAAAACAAACAUGCCCACAACAAAACAACAACAAAAAACCCCAAAUCUGAACAAACAAAUGCAAAAACAACCAACCAAAAACCAAAAAAACCCACCAACAACCCCAACAACAAGAAAAGCAACCACCUCCCCACAAACCAAAGAAACAAAACAAUCAAAAAAAGCCAAACCCACCCCAAAUCAAGAUGAAACAAAACCAACAAAAAAAUCCAAGCAACCAAAACAAAGGCAAAAAAAUGCACACCCCCUAUGCCCCACCCCUCCCCAAUACCAACCACCACUAAUAACAGAAACCCAAACAACAACACAUAAACCCACAAAAAUUACAACACAAACCUCCCAAUCUCCUGUAUUUGUGCCCUUUACACAGGGAUGGGGGAAAACUGAAAUCCACCAGCCAGCCCCUGUGCAGGAAGAAAGGGAAGGUUUUGCAUUUAAUGAACCUUCUUUGUACUCUGCAUCGAGGUCUGUGUCAGAUCCCUUGUGCUACAGUUCUUGGCAGAGCAUUUAUUUUUGUGUCACUCCUCUGAAGGUUGUGGACUUUCAAAAGGCUUGUCCCCAAAUGGUCUUCGAAAUGCAAAUUUGAGAGUAGCUGUUUCCAGCUUCUCUGGGGGUCUUCAAAAUGGAGCUAAAUUGCUCAAUGCUAGAGGAAGGCUUUAAGGUUAAUUUGGGGGAGUAGUUAAGAGUGAGACUUCCACAGAGCAUCUCUGUAUGAGCAUGCUCUGGAUGAGUUUGUUUUCUAGAAAAUUUGCUUUAAAUAUGUACUGAGGAAACAGUGUUUCUUAAUGAUUUCUUUAUUCAGAAAAGGGUCAGCAGUGCCAUUCAUCUUGGGAAUUUAAGUGGAUUCAAUGGCCUAGGACCAAGUACACAUUACAACAAGCUGUAUUUCUUCUUACUGAAGAUGUUAAUUAUCUUUUUAUAGACAGAUGGCACUGGAGUGUAGCAAAUGUGUGGUGAACCUGCACUCAUAAAUGUUUGGGUUUUUAACGUGUGCAGGUUCCAAUUUAAGUUUAAUUCUGUUUUAAGACUAUUGUAAUGAUUGUAGGGUAAUUAAUUUCACUUAUCUUGAGAGUAUAGAACACUUGUUUUGGUACAUUAAGUUAAAGUAAAUACUUAAGUUGUACCAUUGUGAUUAAACUUGACAAUUUAGAGUAGUGCUUAAAACCAAAUAUCUACCACAGUAUUUGGUUCUUUAGUCUCUAAUGACAACCAAGUCAAAAUAAGCUUCUAUAAUGCUUCAAAUCAUAACAGUAUGUUUUCAGCCUUAUGAUGGAGAAUAUAAAAUAUGUCUCGAAUUUUGUUGGUGCUCUGCUUUAGCCAUGGGGAUCCAUGUUUUUGUUCCCUGGUGUUUCUUAUUCGAAUUAGUUGAAAUAUAUUUGGUUAUUAGACAGUUCUGAUGUGAGUAGGGCAGGUGUGAGAGUUUCUGAAAUGAAAAUAACUUUAUACUGCUAAAGCAGAUUAAUUGUCCUUUCUUAUGACUACUGUAGAGAAAUUACACCAUAAAAUCUAGGUCCAGACAUGAGUUUGAUUCAGUCUUUAUGAUCCUUGCAUUAACAGUUAUUUUUCUAUGACUUUUUUUUUCCACUUUUAUGGUCUCUAACUUGCCUAUUUUUUUCCUCCUUUGAGCAAUUUGCUGUAAAAGCACUAGUAGUUAAUGUAGAAGAUAAAUGCUAUCUACUAAUUUCUUCUAAUUGAGUUUAGUUUAAUGUAACUUGUUAUUGAAACAAUGGUGCAGGACUGGGAUGGGAGAAACUUGCAUUAUGUAUUACCCACUGGCUGCGUUGUUUUUGUUCUUGUAUUUUUUUUCUCCUCCCUCCCCUCUUUGGGAAAGAACUAAAUGCUGAAUUGCACUGCAAUGAUUAUUGUGUUCCAAAUAGGUUGGGAGCAGGCUUUGACAACAGCAUUUCCCUGCGUCUUGGCUUGCUUUACCUGGAUGUUUGUUAAACUAGGUAUUCUAAUAAACAGGAUGCAAAAGCCAAAGUAUUAGGAAUGCUUUGUAAAUGCUUUGUUACUGGUUGCUCUUAGGCACUUAACAUCAGAUGGGCCUUUGCCAUCUGAAGAGCUGAGGCAGUUCUUGCUUCUGAAUGUUGCCUUUUUGGGGGGCUAGAUGCAACUGAGUAAGAGCCCUGUAUCUGUGGGUCAUCUGCCCCUGCUUGGCUGAGAAGCUCUUGGUUGUACAGUCCCACUCACAUAUCAUCACCCUGACCUGCAGCUGAAGGGCUGCAGUCCUUUAGCCAAGAGAAGGGCUUGCUUAUGGCGCUCUGGAGUGUUGAUGGGGUGAAUCAGACCAAAACUACUUGUUUUUCUGUCAGGAAGUCUUCCAUUUCUUUCCCAUCUCAUUGCCAUGAAACUAAAAGCAGAUGCAGGAUUGAAAGACACCGUGUUAGACAAGUACCCCCAUUCAGAGAGCUGUUUCUUUGGGAAUAUUUAGAUUUAGUUAGAGUCAGAAGGACACAUCUGGGGACCCAUAAAUCCUAAGAAACUCAAUUUAAUUAUAUCGUACAGUUUCCUUCUCACAAACCACUCUCGGGCUUAAAUUCAGGCACUAUGCAGGUUUAACACCUCUGAAGCUGGCUUCCUACCAUGGAUUCUGGUCACUGACCUGUGCAGCAGAAACAUGGAGCAAGUCUUAUAAAGAAACUCUAAAAAGCCUAUAUAUGUAGGUCAGAGCAUACUUUUCACACUCACAGGAAAGAAAUGAAGUGCUUUCUGAAAACCAAGAUAUUUUAGUUAUUGAAUGUCCACCCAGGGCUCUUUUAUUUUCUUUUUCUAUUCUGGAGAUCAGCCAUUGCUUAACUGACCAGUAUUUCUGCAUAGAAAGCAAGUAGUAGUGCAUGUGAAAGUGGUGGUUAAAAUCAGAUCUCCUUAGCUUUUUUUUUAUACUCAGGAGAUAUACUUACAUAGUUAAAUCUGCUCUCAAAAACUGAAAGUACAUCUCCUUUUCCCAUUGUCAGGAGCACUUCCUAGAAUGUGCAAGUUGCUUCAUUACCUCAUUACUUGACCUUCCUUUAGUACUGCUUUUUUCCAUUGCUGUUUAUUUUCUGUGAUACUCCUCAUUCUCCCUAUGCUCAUCUAGUUCAUCAUGGGGUUCCACACUUCUGCCUCUGCUAUGAUGCUUCUGUAUCUGACUGCAUUUCCUAGCUUGUACCCAUUUUCUCCCUUUUUCUGGGUAGUGAACACCCUGCAGUGAGAACAGUGCUUGUUGUACCACUUUCUAUUUAUCCCUAGUGUGCUUUUGUGACUCAGUCUGCUGCUGCAGGACAGGAUGCCCAACAUCACCCCUUCGAGCUGGUAGAGUCUCUGGGCAAGCUCACUUUGCUGCUUAUAAGCCCCUGUUCUGGUUUGCAGAUCCCUUGUUGCAAUGGGGGUGCUGGGCUAUCACAAUGUCUCUGAGCUGCUGUAAUCCUACACGGAAUAACUGAGCAAGUGUACUGCUGACUCCAAAUGGAAACCGAAGCCAGCACAAAAUGGGAUUGCAGGAAGUGUACCAGUAAGCAUACAUCAAGGCCUUGCAGAGCAGCGCUUAAAUAAGCAGCAUCUACAAAGUAUGGUGUAAGAUAAGACAGAAAGGGCACAAGUUCUCCCUGUACUCUUCAAUUUAGGCAGAUGAUGUAGAGAAGCAGCAGCAAAAAGCAGGAUUUGGUGUCAUGGGCUGUCAUAGAAUAAUUUUUGUUGGAAGAGACCUUUAAUAUCAUCAAGUUCAAUCAUUAACCUAACUAUAGCACUAAACCAGGUCCCUACAAACCUCGUCUAUGUGUUUUUUAAACACCUCCAGGGAUGGUGAUUCAACCACUUCCCUGGGCAGCCUCUUCUAAUACCUGACAACCCUUUCUGUGAAUAAAUGUUUCCUAAUAUUUGAUCUAAAACUCCCCUGGUGCAACUUGAGGCCGUUUCCUCUUGUCCUGUUGUCACUUGCUACUCAGGAAAAGAGACUGAUGCCCUUCAUGCUACAACCUCCUUUCAGGUAGCUGUAGACAGUGAUAAGGUCUCUCCUCAGCCUCUUUCUCCAGGCCAAACAGCCCCAGCUCCCUCAGUUGCUCCUCAUAAGGCUUGUGCUCCAGGCCCCUCACCAGCUUCAUUGCCUUUCUCUGAACUCUCUCCAGCACCUCAAGGUCUUUCCUGUAGCGAGGGGGCCAAACUGAACACAGGGUUUGAGGUGUGGCCUCACUGGUGCUGAGUACAGGGGGAAAUGUCUCAGGCUGGCUCCAGCCUUGGGCAUGUAAACAUAACUGGUACUAAUUUGGUGUGCAUGACAUGGGUGCAGAAGGAGGAAAUGGUGAAGGGGACAGAAAUUAUUCUGCCAUGUUUCCAUUUCUGGGACUUCUGGGUUCUGCUGUAGGAUGAGCUGAGGCUGCUGCUGCCCCCGGUAUUCCUGCUCCUCGUUGAGGAACAGGCUCUGUGCUGCAGCCUGCAAUGUAGCAGGUGAUCCAACAGUUGCUGGAGGGACAAUGUCUGCUUAGGACACGAGAAUGCACUGGCCACAGGAACUGGAAUUGCUCCUGCCUUAACUUGGGACCUUUCCUAUGUGCCUGAUGUACAACAUGGCACUGGCAUAGAGAGCUCCCUCCCUCCUUUUGAGUUGCCACUGCUUUCAUGGGCUGUGGGAGGGCUCCAUGACAUUGCCUUCAGUUACAUGACUUGGGUUUUCUUUUUUUCUUUAUUUUUUUUUUUUUUUGCUAACUUGUGGCAGGUUCAGCCUAGCCUCCAAUUUCAAACAUCUCUGACCAUGCUUAUGCCUUUAAAUCACUGCUGUGGUGAGAUCAGCUGUUUCCACAUUACCUUCUCCAUCUAGGACACCUAUUUUACCCUGAGUGCAUAUGUCACUCCGUGUGUUCCACUAGAAUUUGGUUUAUCAGCAAUUGGCUCAGUUCUUUGGGCUAUGUAGAAGUAAUGUGUGUUAGUUGUGCAUAAACAUGAUGAUUUAUAUAUGUCACGUUACUACAAUAUGCAGGAGUGAGCACCUGUAACAUAAUUGCUUACACUCUGUACCGUAACAGAAUUAUUCAUUUGAACAAAAGAUGAUUAAGUUGUAACCCUUGACAGAGGAGAAACAGAGCGAUUCUCAGUAUUCUUGAUAUAACAAGACCUGCUAUUACUUCUAUAUUUUAAGGUGGUAUAAACAGUGUACUAAUUGCUAUUUCAGAGUUAUGAAGACUAAAUACUCCCUAUAUUCAUAAAGCAAAUACUUUUUAAGAGAAGGUUGCAUACUGGAUAUUGUUCCCAUUUACUAUGUGUAAUACAAAUAACCUGUCAUGUGGUAGGAAAGAAAGCAAAAAAGGUUAGGCAAUCCAGCAUCAUAGCACGGAACACUUACCAGCUUGUGUUCAAAAUGAAUAUAUUACUUACCAAUGCCACCCAGGCCACUUGAAGCUCCUGCUGAAAAAACCUUGUCCAUCCUUCACAUUACUAUGUGUAUUCCAUUUUUUGCAUUAAAGCAGAAAUGUUCUAGGACUGUUUUAGGGCUAAUUUUUUAUUUUUCCUGUAAUUUAUAAGCAUUCCAACUGCUCAGAGGAAUCCACAACUCACUCUAAAAUAAUUUGAAUAACUUAUGCCCUAAUUUCCUAAUGAAAAUUUCUAGCUCAGUAGGAGACUGAGUUGUAAAAUGGCAAUUCUAAGCAAAGAAACUGUUGUUGAACCAAAUCUGAUUCUUGUCUCUAGGCUGGGAUUAAACAAAAUACUUAUGUUCACUCUCUUUAUCAGUUUUGCUGAAAAAUGUAGUUUUAUCCUUUUUUUUUUUUUUUUUGGUGGCAGAAUUACCUGAAGCUUAUUUGCCUAGGUUGCAAGUUGUAGAACUGUAAACUAAACCACGAUAUUUUAUGGAAUAUUUUGGAUAGGCACCUAAUACAACUUGUUGGAAAAUGUUGUUGUCAAUAAUCUGUUGCCUAUGUGAGAAUUAAUUCGACCUGCUGGUGAAUCAUUAGGCAGCAUUAAAGAUUUAUCUGAGCAGAGGGCAGGACUAGUUUGCUGAUGAAAUGGAAGAUACAGUAAGCGUUAUCUUACUACUGCUUUAUGAAUGAAAUUACUUUGAAUGUAUCAGUGUCCUUUGACUGCAGGACCCUCAGCUCCCCUGGAUCCAUCAGGCAGAGGCAGCUGGGCAGGAUGGGUGUGUGUGUCACACCAGGAGGCAAUGCUGGCUGUGGCCAUGGUGGCCCUGGGGUGGUCCAGCUUAGGGACAGCAGAGAUGUGUGGGGAGGGAGUGAGGUGACAGCUCAAUUUAGCCAUUGCACUGGAUUCUCCCAUUUGAGGAAAGGAAAGCCUUUUAUUUCCCCACCUCUGCUUGGCUAGGAUGAUGUUAGCAGAGCUGUACAGAGCUCUUAUGGAGGCUGCGAGGAGUUACAGUGAAGUCAGUGCCAGCUGAUGGCAACAGUCGAGUGCUACUGAGCACAGGUGGUGCAGCUGCAAUGUUUUGUGGUUCCUUUUUGUCCACAUUUGACAACCCAAAACUGCAAGGACAAGUGCAACAGAAACUUCACUGACUUUGCCUGUUAUCUUUAAUAGUGCCUUCCUGAUGACACCAGGAACGAUGCAACCUUCAAUCGUGUUAGCUUCUUUUGCCAUUUGAGUAAUUCUUGGGACUCUCUAGGUGCUGUUCUGGCAGCUGACAUACAAACUUGUCAUGGCUAGAAGCUGCUGACCUUCCAUAGCUCAUCUUGUGCCCCUUUCCAUCUUUUCCCAGACUGUCAGUGACAAGCCUGGACUAGCCAGGGGACUACCAAGGCACAGUACUGCUGCAGCACGAGGAGCUCGUGGAUACCAAAACUGUGCCACAGCUUUUAUUGCUGUUUUCCCUGCUGUGUGCCAGAGAAGAUGCAGUAGAACUUUGUAAACACCAUUGCUACGAAGGUGUCAUCACCUUUCCUGCAUGUUAGUCCUCAGAAGUUCCUUAAAACAUGUAAUUCCUUCAUUAAGCAAUGAUGAUGCACCAAAACUCUAAGGGUCAAAAAGAGACAACUUUCUUCCACAGUUUGUUUGUACUAGUCUCUGAUCAGAUGGUGAGAGAAGCAGCCUUAGCACUCAUCCUUUUCUCAGUGCUGUGGUUCCAGAUGUUGUACACGUUGCAGACAGCCACACAGACAAGAACUGUCCUACUACAUUUUUACGCACCAAGUUAGCCCAGAGCAUUAAUCACUACCAGUGCCAGCAGACAGAUUUAAGUUCCCAAAAUCUGAAGUUAUCAUCACUGCAGUAAACUAAUAAGCAGUGUUGGACUUUACCUGUUCUCAUUUUCAGUUUGUCAUUUGAAACAGAAUGACAUCAGCUACCUAAUAUUGCUUGGGUCCUUAAAUAUUCUGCAGGGAGGUCUUUGAAAGGUUGCAAAAGCAUAAGACUUUAUUUCCUGUAAUAUUGUGUGCAAUAAGUCUGAAAGACAGUGAAAUAGAUUAACACUUCAGUGUCUCGCAUGCAGAAAGAGGCUCUGUUAAAUAUGAUGGAUGAAUCUCCUGUUGGAGAUUCACGCUCUGUUCCACAGUAAGCUGCUUGUGUGAUUUGGAAAUGUUACUCCAAAUAAGAUAUUUUUGUGCUGUCAUUACCACAUAUUGGUAUUUGUAUUCUUUUCCCUUUAAAAAAAAUAAAUCUGGUCUUUGCA